CUUCAGACAUGGCCACUGGCACUUUUGACCACCAGGGCCGAUGGAACGGAAAGAACAGGCCCCAGCACCGGGGGCCCCGUGCCCAGGAGCCUGCCUCCUGAUUCCACCUGUGCAACUCACUUGAGCCCAGGUGUUCAACUGUCACACAAGGCUGAACACACCCAGCCACAUCCCUGGGCUGGAGGAGGAAGGGCCGCCCGCAGCCAGGGCAAGGAGUGAGGGUCCAGUGGCAGGGCCUAGGGACUGGGGGCACUGCCCUUCGUACCAGUAACAUCUCAGCUCAUCUCUGAUUCCUAUUUUACAACUUAGAAACGGGAACUAUUGUCACCUCGCCGCCACUUCCUCCCAUCCCACAGUCACUUCCUCUUGUAUCACGGGAGACAAAGCUUUGUGUCUGUCCACAAAGCCCAGAUUCGGGACAGAGCGGCUUCCAGGGCCCACCAGGAUGCCGAGCCCAGCCCUUCAGCCUUGCCUGCCCCUGCCAUGCCUGCUGCUGCCGCCUCUGCUGCUGGGACUCACAGUGGCGGCAAAGGAGGCGCUGCAGGUGACUCAGCUUCAGAAGCGGGUGUCGGUCUCCACUGGAAACUCGGUCACCCUGCACUGCACCAUAAACACCCUGCUGCCCGUGGGGCCCAUGCAGUGGUUCAGGGGGGCUGGCCCAAACCGGAAGAUGAUCUACAGCUUCAAGGGAGGCCACUACCCCCGAGCCACAAAUGUCUCAGACACCACAAUGCGAAACAAUACGGACUUUUCCAUCCGCAUCCAUGACGUCACCACUGCAGACGCUGGCACCUACUACUGCGUCAAGUUCCAGAAGAUGGGUGCCUAUGACGUGGAGAUUAAGUCUGGAGGAGGCACGCAGGUGUCUGUGCGUGCUAAGCCCUCUCCUCCGCAGGUUUCCGGCCCCGGCACCAGGGCUAGCCCAGGCCAAAGAGUGAACAUCACCUGUACGUCGGCCGGCUUCUUCCCCGGAAACAUAAGCAUGAGAUGGUUUGAAAACGGCACGGAGCUCCCGGCCUUGGAGACUCAAGUCCUGUCGCCGCCAGGUGCCUCUUCCUACAGCGUCACCAGCACCGUGCUGGUGUCCCUGUCCCUCUCCUCCCUCCACUCCCAGAUCACCUGCCAGGUGGCCCACAGUGAGCUGCAGAGCCCGCUCCGGGAGCACGUGAACAUCUCCCAGUUCCUGCAAGUGGUGCCCACGGUGACCAUCUCAGCACACCGCAUCCCAGGACUGCAGGCCUCCGUCCUCACCUGCCACGUGCAAGGGUUUUACCCCGAAGACCUGCGCGUCGCCUGGCUGCCGAGGAGCACAUGUGUGCAGACCUCCGAGGCUCCGGGCUCCACCCCCAACCCGGACGGCACCUUCAGCAAAGACUGCCACAUCCUGGUCAGCGCCUCCGAGCUGCGGGAUGACAGGGUCACCUGCCAGGUGGGGCAGGAGGCGCAGGUGCUGGUCCAGGCCAGCCGGCGGCUGAGCGAGGUUGGAGAAGCGCGAGCGAGCAUGGGUGCCGCCGAAUUCAGCGCCUCCCUCCUCCUCAGCUGGAAGGUGCUUGCUCUGAUUUCACUCUCUGCUGUCUAUGCCUACAGGAAGAGCCACCCUUCCAGCCCCACAAAUGAGAUGAAGUUAAAGAAAAUACGGCCAGUAAACAAGAAGAGACACCCAAACCCGUCAGGAAUCGGAGACAUCAGGAAAAGCAAGGGGAAAGCACGCUGAGCGGCCCUUUGUUCCCUGGAAAAGUCCCAGGAGCAGCCGGUCCUGUCCUGCAUCGCUGUGGGCACGGAAGGGACCUCAUGACUCUGGAACACAGCUUAGCCCUUUGUUGCGUUGAACAUUCACACACCUACAACCUGCCAUUCCCGCUCUGGGCUUAUGCCCCAAAGAAAUUCUCGCACAUGCGCACCAGGGGAUAUGUACAAAUGCAUACAUCCCUGGUAGCAUUUUAAAAUUAGCAAAAUUGUUUUAAAUUUAAAAUUAAAUUGUUUAAAAUUAGCAAAGCCUGAAAAUGACCCAUAUAUGCAUAUAUAGAAUGAUAGAUGAUCCAUUUACUACAAUCACAGAAGGGAAUGUUCUAAGGAGGUUAAAAAAUGAAUGAACCACAUGCAUGGUAAUUCAGACAAAUCUUAGCAAUAAAAUCUUGGUGGGAGGGUAGAAGCCCCAGGAGAUGUGUUCCAGAAUGAU